UUACAAGGAGCAGGGAUCCAGAGCUCUUGCUCUUUGUUUUGUGCUCUGAUAGACAAAGACAGCACCCUGGAUUUCCUGAAGGCAUGAAGACUGCUGUGUUAACUAUGGCUCUGUUGCUGCUGUCCCAGGUCCCUCCAGGGAGCCCUGAAAGAUGCUGGAAGUCUUUUGGUGUCUGCCGUGAAGAGUGCAUCGGGAAAGAAAGUUUCUACAUCUUCUGCUGGAAUGGCAAAAUGUGCUGUGUGAAGUCCAAGAAUGUGCCCCGUUUGUCGAAUGAUUUGAGUUAGCACUCUAAAUCCCAAGGCCACAGAAACAACGUUGAUCAGAGUCUGACCUUGGCAGUUUCCCAGGCUUCAUUAAAGCAGCUUUGGCUGGCUU